GCAGCGUUGCCACCAACUGGACGGGAUUGAUUAAAAACAAAUACCCCGAGCGAUCGACAUCACCUGCGGAGGGAAACGCCGACUUCCUCCCCGCGGCUCUGGAAACGCACAUCCUGCGCGCCGACGAGCCUUAACGUCAGGAAGGAAAUCUUGAAGUGUCUCUUCGGUGUGUUGUCACAGGGAAAAACAGGGGGGCGCCCGAAUCUGUCCCUCUGGAGGACGGGACCUUUUGAAGCACAGAGUAACAACAAUGGACUGCGUCUCCAGCGGGAACUCAGUCCUGGAGCCGUGCGGUACUCUCACAUGGGAUUGUAGCGUUUCGGAGCCGCUCGACGUCUGUCGGUUCGUUUGCUGAGCCGUGUUUACCGCGUGCCGUACGUACGUCGGCUGGCGCCCGGGAUGCCCGCGAGGAACAGGUACAACCUGGUGGACGAUUUGGCGGACUCGAGGGUGCCGCUCCAUAACGAGGAGGCGUACCAGCAUGGGAUUAAUUUCCAAGCCAAGUACGUGGGGAGUCUCGACGUGCCCAGGCCCAACAGUCGGAUGGAGAUCGUGGCGGCCAUGAGGAGAAUCAGGUAUGAAUUCAAGGCCAAGAACAUCAAGAAGAAGAAGGUCAGCAUUGUGGUGUCUGUGGACGGAGUCAAGGUGAUGCUGAGGAAGAAACAGAAGAGAAAAGAAUGGACAUGGGAUGAGAGCAAGAUGAUGAUCAUGCAAGAUCCCAUAUACAGGAUUUUCUACGUGUCUCAUGACUCCCAGGACUUAAAGAUCUUCAGCUACAUUGCAAGGGAUGGAUCCAGUAACUCCUUCAGAUGUAACGUCUUCAAGUCAAAGAAGAAGACGCAGGCCAUGCGCAUUGUGCGGACAGUAGGCCAGGCCUUCGAAGUGUGCCAUAAGCUCAGCCUGCAGCAUGCCGAGCAGGAUGCAGACGGACAGGCGGAUGGUGAGAGUGACAAGUCCACAGAGGAGCCCAGCAGUCAAGGUCGUAAACUGACAGGGGCGGAGCAAGGGGAGGAAGAGGAGGACAGCAAACGUGGAGGAAGACAAGCAGGAGGAAACUCUUCAGCUGGCGCCUCUCUGAGUGAAAAGGCUGUGGGUGAAAUUCUGCAGAGUCUGGCUGAACUGAACGUGGUCAAACCUGGACAGACCAUCAUUGACUUUGAUCGAAGGUCCCUCUUCACCGUGACACCCCAAGGCGUUACUCCCAGCAGUCCUUGCUCGCAGUCUCUCACUCCGCUGGCUUCACAGCACUACCUGCAGCUUCUCCAGCAGCAGCUGCAGCAGCAGCAGCAGCACACACAGGUGGCCGUCGCACAGGUGCAGCUGUUGAAGGAUCAGAUGGCGGCAGAGACGGCCGCUCGUAUGGAGGCUCAGGCCCGCGUCCACCAGCUGCUGCUGCAGAACAGGGACUUGCUGCAGCACCUGGCGCUGCUCGUGCAGCAGCUGAAAGAACUGGAGGCCCAUUCACCCAAAACAGCACAAGCAGGGCAGCCACAACAGGAGCCUCAAGCUAACAGGCACAGAGGAAUUUUGGAGGACGGAUGUAUUCACAGCAGCUUGAAAAAUGAUGGUGUGCAGCCGUCUUGUGCCUCAGUUUCUACAACAACAAAGUCUCUGUCUCUGAAUCUGAAGAAUCACCACAGCCAGACCCUGAACCAGCUCAUCACCUCCACACCCGCAUGGCCACUGCAAACCUCACCCCUAUCCCCCACCCAAGUGGACUGCGCCGAGUCCUACCUGAACCUGCUCAACCUGGAGAACAGCACCAAGCCGGAUGCGUCGGUCAACGCAGACCUGGACCCCUUCAUCAGGGCCAACGGAACAGCGGACAACAAGGAGAGCCCGUCCAACGAGAUCGUCCCGUUCACAUCGAUGAACUCUGCCAGCAUGGAUGAGAAGUGUAAACAGAUGAUCCCCAAACUUGAUCCCCCUCCACCCUCCAUGAACCGCAAGCGGGCCAGCAGGACCUUGUCCCCGGGGUCAGACAUCACAGCUGUGCCCACGCCUGGAGAGGUCACGGCUAACGAUGGGGCACCCAGCCGCAGCAGCAGCCUCUCGUUCCCGGACGUCACCCCCAGCUCCUUGUCGUCCGCUGAUUUCCACUCGCUCAGCAACGGCGAGAGCAGCUCCUGCUCGGCCAGCGAGGACUCCGGCGUCCGCUCGGAGACCAAGUCCCUGCUGUCGCCGCUGCGUGAUGACGACGACCUGUUCGGGGACCGCGGGACGUUCUUGACGGCCUCCAGCGGCUGUGACAGUCCCCUGGAGGAGAGAUGCGAAGCAGUUCUCUCUUCCUUCAAGUCGUAUCCUGCUGAGGCCCCCGCCUACGAGCACCCGCUGCCCUUCUCCUCGCCUAUGAAUGAUACCUGCCUUCACAUCAGUUUCUCUGAGGAUGAGCUGCUGGAGAGCAGCCAGGAAGAGCCUCAUGUCCCACAGCGGAGUUAGGAGCCCCCAGAGUCCUUUCACCACGUCCUUCAAUCAGCUUUUAAUGCAGUUCUCACUGUCAGACCCUCCUAUGUUUGCACUGGGCUCCGUUUCCGGACCUCUAAUUAUUCCGUCCACUUGUGACACAGUACAGACACAGCAUAUGCCAGUUACAGAAAAAUAAUCUAUCAUAUAAAUUAUUAGCCAGUGGACAGAUUUAGUAUUUUUGUAAUGAAAUUAAUGACCUAAUUUACUUGGUAGUGACUAUAAUGUUAAGCAGAAAACAUGUAGCAGUUCUUGCACAGUUAAGGUCACGUGUAAUAUGCCGUAGAAUUCAAAGCCAGUGAGGGAACACAUUUUAUUUUUGCUAGUAGUCGACAUUAAAACAUUGUUUUGUACGAUGCUCCCCUGUGCUGCAAACUGAAAUGUGCGGGAAAUGUGAUUUUCUGCAGGUGCUUGUCGAAUCUGCAGACAAUCAUGCAAACGUCUGUGAUGUUGGGAAGAGCCUCGCAGUCUGUGAAGCGCCUGACUGGAGGAUGGGUGGAAAGAAAAGAACAAGAAAGUCAGAUAAAGGCAAAAAGGAGGAUAGAAAUGAGCAGAUCUAGAUUUAUUUUUUUCACACACAUUCAUUUGUGACAGUGUAGUUUUUUUGUUAUAAAGGUUAAGCGGGUUUUAGAAAGUUUUGUGCUACUUGUGUUUGGAGCUUUUCAGACGUGAAGCAGUGCUGGAAAAUAAGACGAGCAGCCAAAUAGUUUUUGUAUUCUGUAUUGUGUCAAUUCUGUCAAUAGCAUCGCUGUUAUCCUUCAAAACAAAGGGAUUGCCACAAACAUGAUUUUGGCUUUUAGUAAGCCCUCAAAAAGUCGACACAAUGAGCUAACAGCCAUAAAAGCUUUGGAGUGCACCUGUCUGAGUGGGGAGUCUGUUAUAACAUGAACCCUCAGACUCAAUGGGAAGAUAAUCACAGAGGACCUUUGGCAGAUGGAUUCUCUCUGUCCUGUCUCUCGCUUUGUUAAAUCCUGACUAGCCAGCAGAUCUGUUUUCAUGUAGAGCUCUCAGGAUAAAUUACACUGAUAUUGUGUAUCUAUUGUUUUUUUUUGUGCGUGUGUGUGUGCGCGCAGCUCAAUCUAAACGUUAGGAACGUUGCUUCAUUAGUGUGAAUCCCCACAGAGCGCCAACCAUCAGUCUGUGAAUCACUUAAUCUGCAAUUGAUUAAGUGAUCAAUAGGCAUGUGUGUUGUUCAUAUGUGAAUAUUGUUCAGAUAUUUAGUAAAUUGAACCUGGGAAAAAAAGGUUCAUGUUGUGAGAGUUAACUGUGUUGUUCAUAGUGUUUCAUUCUGUGAAGUGCGCCAGUGUAACCCUCAACAGGUAGAAGUGACAGAAGAGGAAAAGCGGCUGAGGUGUGAGGAGAGGGCUGGUGGGAAGGUGCAGGUGUGAAAGGCCCACGGGCAAAUCUUUUAACACCCAGAAACGAGGCUUUUCUCAACAUCACACGAGGCAGGGAGCUAGAACGGCAAUGACAUGUGGAAGACGAAAAAUAAUAAUAAUAAAGAGGAAUAGUUGAAGAA